AUGGCCCCCAAACUCCCAACCCGCAAGCUGGGCAAGAAUGGCCCUGAAGUCACCGCCCUCGGGUAUGGUACAAUGGGCCUAUCAGCCUUCUACGGCAAGCCCAAGCCGGAUGAGGAGCGCUAUGCGGUGCUGGACCACGUCUACGAAUCAGGCUGCCUGAACUGGGACACGGCCGACAUGUACCAGGACAGCGAGGACCUCCUGGGGCGCUGGUUCAAGCGCAACCCAGGCAAGCGCGAGAACAUCUUUUUGGCCACCAAGUUCGCCAACUACGUCGACCCCAAGACGGGCGAGCGCAGCGUGCGCAACGAGCCAGAGUACAUCCAGCAGGCCAUCGACAAGUCGCUCAAGCGCCUCGGCCUGCCGUACGUCGACCUGUACUACUGCCACCGCCUGGACGCCAACCAGCCCAUCGAGACGACGGUGGCCGCGAUGAAGAAGCUGCAGGACGCCGGCAAGGUGCGCUACCUCGGCCUGAGCGAGUGCAGCGCCGAGAGCCUGCGCCGCGCCUGCAAGGUCGCGCACAUCGACGCGGUGCAGGUUGAGUACUCGCCCUUCUCGCUCGAGAUCGAGUCCCCCGAGAUCGACCUGCUCCGCGCAUGCCGUGAGCUGGGCGUCGCCACGGUUGCGUACUCACCGCUCGGCCGAGGUUUCCUUACGGGCAGCAUCCGCUCUCCGGAUGAUUUUGAGGAGGGAGAUUUCCGCUCGUUCGCCCCGCGUUUCUCCAAGGACAACUUCCACAAGAACCUCGAGCUCGUCGACAGCAUCAAGGCAGUUGCCGACAGCAAGGGUUGCACGCCAUCGCAGCUCGUGCUGGCUUGGCUGAUGGCGCAGGGGGACGACAUCAUCCCCAUCCCCGGAACGACACGGAUCCCGAACUUUGACGACAACAUCGGCGCGUUGAAGGUUAAGAUCUCGAAGGAGGAGGAGCAGAAGAUCCGGGCGGCUAUAGAGAACGCCGAGGUCAAGGGUGGAAGAUAUCCCGAGGCCUUCUCCAACUCGUUGUAUGUUACGACGAAGCCGUUGUAA